GUUCGUGAUCGUGAAACCGACAUUCCGCUUGCCAGGGGCGUGAAGCUAGGCGAGCUACUCAAGCGUAAAGCUGAAGAAGGCGUGGCCGUGAGAAUUCUCUUAUGGGACGACGAGACAUCGCUACCCUUCAUAAAAAACAAAGGCAUCAUGAAAACGCACGACGAGUACAGCGUUUCCUACUUCAAGCACACUAAAGUCGUAUGCCGUUUAUGCCCACGGCAGCACGACAAGUUCCCGACGACCUUCACCCACCACCAAAAGACCAUCACAACCGACUCCCGUAUGGCGGGGCCAGCAUCGAGUGCCCGCGAGAUCGUGAGCUUCGUCGGCGGUCUCGACUUAUGCGACGGGCGAUACGACACGACAGAUCACUCCCUGUUCCGAACACUCAACGACGAGUCUAACUGCUUGGACUUCUACCAGACGAGCCUCAAAGGGGCGAGCCUCGACAAGGGGGGGCCGCGCGAGCCGUGGCACGACACGCACGCGCGCGUGACGGGCCGGGCCGCGUGGGACGUGCUUUCGAAUUUCGAGCAGAGGUGGACGAAGCAGUGCGAUCCGUCGUUGCUAGUCCCGACCCAUUCCAUUCGGGAACUAAUUACUUUAGACGAUGAGCAGAGGAGGAAUUGGAACGUGCAGGUUUUCCGUUCGAUAGACCGCGCCUCGGCUACUACUACUCGAUUUUCGGUCGAGAGAAGCAUACACGAGGCGUAUGUGGAGGCCAUAAGGAGAGCUGAGAGGUUCAUCUACGUCGAGAACCAGUAUUUCGUUGGUGGAUGCCACAUGUGGGAACAAAACAAGAAUUGUGGGUGUGGGAACUUGAUUCCGGUUGAAAUCGCGUUGAAAGUCGCUCGGAAAAUACGUGCUGGGGAGCGUUUCGCGGCGUAUAUUGUGGUGCCAAUGUGGCCCGAGGGCCUGCCCGAGAGCGAGUCGGUUCAGGACAUACUGCAUUGGGCUCGGGAGACGAUGAAGAUGAUGUAUUGGAUUGUCGGGGAAGCGUUGAGAGAGUGCGGUGGGAAAGGGCGCCCGAGGGAUUAUUUGAAUUUCUUUUGCCUCACGAAUCGGGAAAAUGAGGUUAAAGGGGAGUUUGCGCCGCGGUAUAGUCCGCAUCACGGGACAAAUUAUUGGAAUGCUCAGAAGCAUAGGAGAUUCAUGGUUUAUGUGCACUCUAAGCUCAUGAUAGUCGACGAUGCGUAUCUUCUUAUAGGAUCAGCCAACGUGAACCAGAGAUCAAUGGACGGCAAACGAGACACGGAGAUAGCCAUAGGCUGCUACCAGACAAGAAAUGAGGAAAAGAAGGAGACCGGAAACGGAGACGUUCGUGAGUUUCGCAUGUCUCUAUGGUACGAACACACUGGAGUAGCCGAAGAAAUCUAUAGAGAGCCUCAGAGUUUAGAGUGCGUGCGCAAGAUUCGGUCCAUAGGGGAUAAAAUGUGGAAAAUCUACAGUGAAGAUGAAGUGCAAGAUAUGGGAGGGGUGCAUUUAGUGACUUACCCGGUGAGCAUAACAGAGAGGGGUUGUGUCGAGGAUUUAGUCAAGGGGGAUGGCUGUUUUCCGGACACGAAAACGCCGGUUAAGGGGAAAAGAUCAAAAGUGUUGUCUUCUGUAUUCACCACAUGA